ACAAGCCACAGUAGGUUUAAUUUGCUGGGUAAAUUUUAGUCAGUGCGUACUUGAGUUGUGGAUUUUAGAAAUAUACAGAAACACUAUCAUGGGAAACUCUGCUUCCAAAUUAGCAAAUAAAGCUUUAGAGGUAACAUCUAUGGUUACUGGUGGCCUACUGGGCAAAUCAGAAGAAGGAUAUCAUUUUGGACCUCUUCGCUUUAAGAAAAAUGGCUUCGGUCUUCGGUUAAAUGUUUUUCCUGUCACUAUAGGGCUGGCUUUCGAAAAGCGUGAGGAUGGUAAAUGGUCAGCUGAUGCGGAUAUUGGAGUAGGUAUAGCUGAAGGAAAAGUCGGGGUAAACUGUAGUUUUAAUGGUGGUAAAGUUAAAGUCGGAACCAAUGCUUCCUUGAAAUGUGGAGCAUUUCAAGUACAUGCAGGAAUCGAAGUCAGUCAGGAUGGAAAACUUGAAUCAUUUAACGCUGGAGUAAAUGGUCCGGUAAGAGCUGAAGUGAGUAUAGAUAAAGAUAUUGCUGAUGGAUAUACUUUUAAUGGCGAAAUCGGUCGCGGUAAGGGAACGGUGGGUGGUAGUAUUGGGAGUGACGGAUCAUGGUCUGCUAGUGGAAAUAUUGGUGUAAAUAAACAAGAAAAGUACGAUAUAGAAAUCGGCGGGCAUGUUGACAGCAGUGGGAAAAAGGGCAUGAAGACUAAUUUAGGAGUUCAAAAUGAUACAAACGAAGGAAGAAUAAAUGCAUAUUUGGAUAACUUUGAAGGUGUCAGUUGCGAUUUCAAAGCUAGGACGAAACUAACUAAAAAUGUGAAUGCAGAAAUAAAAGGUGAUAUUAAUAGUAAAAAUAAAUGGAAUGCUGGGCUAGAUGUUGAAGAGAAAACUGCUGGUAGAUUGGCCGGACGAUUGGCAGGCAGACUAGACAGCGAUAGAAAGUUGAAUGAUGGGCGUGUUUAUUGUUCGAUUUGUCACCAAGCAGAUUUUUUACUUUUUGAAUUAUGAGCAAAGCUCCAUGCAGAUCAAUACGUCAAAAAGGAAUGAAAAUUGUACCAUAUACAUGAUAAUUAACAGUGAUAAAUAGAACCAUUUAUUUACUUGUUGUAAAGUAAAACUCUGUUUAGAGGAACAAAAAAUAUAUCAUUAUAUUUAUAUCGUAUUUAGAUGAUUUUCGUUUGUUUAAGUCUAAGAUCGAACUUUAUUUCACAGAGAGAACUUCGUUUGCAGUUGUUUCACUGGUUAUAAUGCAAGAUCAAGUGUUCAUGAGUGAAAGAUACUUUAAUCUUACAUGUAAAAGAAAAACAUUGACUUUUUUAUUUCUUUUUUUUUUGUUCAAUGGUUUUGUUUUGUUUGUUUGUUUUGGGUUUAACGCCGUUUUUCAACAGUAUUUCAGUCAUGUAACGGCGGGCAGUUUACCUAACCAGUGUUCAUGGAUUCUGUACCAGUACAAACCUGUUCUCCACAAGUAACUGCCAACUUCCCCACAUGAAUCAGAUGUGGAGGACUAAUGAUUUCAGACACAAUGUCGUUUAUCAAAUAGUCACGGAGAACAUACGCCCCGCCAGAGGAUCGAACUAACGACCCCGAGAUCCGUAGACAAACGCUCUACCUACUGAGCUAAGCAGACGGGCUCAGUGGUUUUGUUUUUUUUUUUUUUUUCUUUUCAGUGGGUUUGUCGUUCAAUGCCAGUGAAACAUAUAUGUUAAAUGACAACUUAUUUCCAGUAUGGCCUUCAAUUAAAUUUCAUAUACAUGUACAUUCAUACAUUUACACAAUCAUACAGUCACUUUAAAAUAAAAAGAAAUUAUACAAAAAU